AUGCUGCGUAUAAAUAGUGUCAAAUUCUUUGUUAUUGCCUUCGCUGUGAUCGCAGCUGCUGCGGCCACAUCCAUCUCCACGGAGUACCUGCCGCCAGUUGACAAUAACCUCGAAGUCGCCGCCGAAUCGAUUGAUGCCCCAGUCGACCAGGGUCUGCUCAGUGACGAUGGCUACCGCUACAAGACCGUGCGCCGCCUUAAGUUGCGCCACCGUCGCGAUGUCAGCGAGCUGGCCAACGAAUACCUGCCCCCAGUCGCCGAGGCUACCCAGGAAAUCGCUGUUAAGACACCCCUUGCUGAUGAUGGCUACCGUUACAAGACCGUCCGUCGUGUGAUCCGUCGUCGUCGUGAGCUUUCCUCCGAGUACCUGCCCCCUGUUGCUGAGGCUUCCCAGGAUAUCGCUAUCGAGGCUCCAGUUCAGGAGGCCGCCGUUCUCGCCGAUGAUGGCUACCGUUACAAGACCGUCCGCCGUGUGAUCCGUCGUCGUCGUGAGCUGUCCUCCGAAUACCUGCCCCCAGUUGCUGAGGCUACCCAGGAUAUCGCCAUCGAGGCUCCCGUCCAGGAGGCUGCUGUUCUGGCUGAUGAUGGCUACCGCUACAAGACCGUCCGCCGUGUCGUCCGUCGUCGUCGUGAUGUCAGCGAGCUGUCCCCCGAGUACCUGCCCCCUGUUGCCGAGGCUUCCCAGGAUAUUGCUUUUGAGGCUCCCGCUCAGGAAGGCGCUGUCCUCGCUGAUGAUGGCUACCGUUACAAGACUGUCCGCCGUGUGGUCCGUCGUCGUCGUGACGUCAACGAACUGGCCAACGAAUACCUGCCCCCAGUUGCUGAGGCUUCCCAGGAUAUCGCCAUCGAGGCUCCCGUCCAGGAAUCCGCUGUUCUGGCUGAUGAUGGCUACCGUUACAAGACCGUCCGCCGCGUGAUCCGUCGUCGUCGUGAGCUGUCCUCUGAAUACCUGCCCCCAGUUGCUGAGGCUUCCCAGGAUAUCGCUAUCGAGGCUCCCGUCCAGGAAUCCGCUGCUCUCGCCGAUGAUGGCUACCGUUACAAGACCGUCCGCCGUGUGAUUCGUCGUCGUCGUGACGUCAGCGAACUGGCCAACGAAUACCUGCCCCCAGUUGAGCAGGCCGUGAUCGAUGUGCCCGCAGAGCCCACCAUCUUGGCCGAUGAUGGCUACCGCUACAAGACUGUGCGUCGCCUGAAGCUCCGUCGCCACUAA